AAUAAUAAUAAUAAACGAAAAAAAUGAUAGUAUUUUACUAAUACAAUCCCAAAUACAUAUUAUCGGAAUGUUAUAUAAAAAUAUUUUGUUACUAACAUUACUAUUACCGGUUUGGGUCCUAAUUUGCGGACAAUCGGACAGUGAUGAUCAUAAAAAUGUUAAGCGACGACCUAUACCGCGAAACUAUGGCGUCCAGUCGUCGUCGUCGUCGGGAAAAUCGCCAAAAUAUGGUCCGCGAGAGAUAGAGUUUGCCAAACAGUUUUGGAAAAAACUGGGCAAAGAUCAGAAAGGAAAGCGCAAGUAUACGGCCAAAGAGGCCAAGAUUGCCGGCGCUGUCCAACCCAAAGGACCGACCAACUAUCAGAAACGACCGGUCGAGGCGGGACUGUCCUUUUUUGAUGACAUUGUUGUCUCUUAUUUUCCGAUUGGCGAGGAAUAUGCCGGACUACCCGACAAUCUUGUUUCGAUGGGAUUGUUUUGUGUCCAAACAUUAGUCAAGGGUGCGGUUGGCAUAAUCUACAGUACUGUACGAUAUCCGCAUAAAAUACUGUUAAAAGUGAUGAUAGCCAUCGCCGCCCUGACUAUUGUACCGACAAACGCCAUGUUUUGUCUGAAUCCAUUCAGUAUGGCUAACUUUAUUAAAAAGGGUCGUAUAAUCAAUGGCAAACAGGAUGAUUUGGUACGACUGCACCGGCAGUUUCAGAUAAGACUGGCCAACACCAUGGAUAAGCCCAAGUCCUUUUCAGAGAUACAGCACCAUAGUUGUUGCUCCUAUUGGUAUUGGAAAAAGGAGUCCAUAAAGGUAGUACCCGUGGAAGCACAGGAUUUCCUAAAACAAUGGUUUUUGGCAUACUUUAAGUUACAUGAGUUAGUUUAUUGUUGGAAAUUUACUACAAAACAACAAGAUGAUUAUUGCGAUAAUAUUGAAUAUGAUGAUUCGGAGCCAAGUCGUAUGAUGCCCCGGUCAUGGGCCACACUAGUACUACAAAUGUUUACCGAAUUUCUAUAAUAAAAUUUAAUGUUAUUGUAUUUUUUGGAGGGGAGGGGAGAAAUUUUUUUAAUUUUUUUAGAUAAAUACAUAAUUAUGUUUAUUAACUAAAUUAAAUUAAAAA